GCCGACGUCGCGCCGCGGCGGCUGAUGUCGCGGGGAGGAAGGAGAGUGUUCGUCGUCUGGGUCGUCGUAAUAGCACUCUCCUCAACAACGAAUCCUCAGACAACAGAUGUUCCGCUGAGUUUUGACAUAACUUACGCUCGAGUGACAACUCGGGAAGUUUCCUCUGCGGAUUGGAUUGCCCACGUGAAAGUCGGCGCUCUGGCGAUCUGUUAGAUAUACAGAGCAUGACGUGAGAGCGAUCAUGGAUGCAGAUCUGUGCCAAAGGAUCUUGAGCGAUCUGGAGUCGAUCUUGAGGAAGAAUCCACUUUUAGAAAGUUUCGACGUGAUCUCAAGUGCUGACGAUCAAGAACGCGCGAACCGCAGUCCUGUAUACGUCAUCGAAAAUCACCUAGGUUUAGACUCUUGGUGCCUUGUUCCUGUUUAUGUCGCUGCUCACGAUGAGCUGCUCCGAACCCAGGAUGCCCAAAAAUUACUGCAGCUUUCAAAUUUCGUCCUUCUCAUCAAUCCGGAACUUGAAGCAGGAUGGAAUUGUCGUAAAAAACUCUUCCUGCAGAAAAAGUGCAGCUUCCAACAAGAAUUGCAACUUUCUCAUCUAGCUCUGUCUAGAAAACCAAAGACGGCUGAGGCGUUUUUUCAUCGGAAAUGGGUGUUAUCCCAAGAGAUGGAGAAUUACACGUUGGAGCGACGUCAGGCCGUUCUCCACAGCGAGCUCCAGCUCUGUGAAACCAUGGCUGGAAAAUACUUUUCCAACUAUCACGCAUGGGACUAUCGGCGCCAUCUGUUGAAGGAAUACGUUGAGGGAGCCCCGUUGAUUGUGGAAAGCGAACUUCAACGGAGCAAGGAUUUUCUACAAUCACAUGUCUCAGAUUACUCAGGAAUGAGUUACAGGCAGUAUGUUCUUCUCAGGGUGAAUUCGCGUCCUCUGUUCGAGUCUGAGCUCACAUUCGUAUCGGAUCUCAUCCACACUUUCCCAGGACACGAAGCGCUGUGGAGUCAUCGUCGAUUUUGCGUUCUCGCCAACAUCGGCCUUCUGAAAUGGGCGGAGAAGCGGCAACGCCUGAUUCUUAAGGAGAACAAGGAUCCUAAGAGACUAGAAAAUGUCAGAGAAAUCGAACAAUCAUUCUUGAGGAAGACGCUUCGAGAUAGCGGCAAUUGGCAAACGGCGCUCUGCGAGAGGCAUGUACGAUGGGCGAGCGCUACGCUCCACAUCGAUAUCGCUCCGCUACAGGCUAACGGCUCAACUGACGAACAAGAACGACCGAUCAUCGAGGCGAAUGAUUCAGAUUGAUGGUGCGGCCGAGACACUGUAAAACCGUUCCCGCACCCUCCCCCUCAAUUUCGGACCCGUCCGCAGGAGCGAAUUCCAGCAUGGGUCCCGCAGGAUAUUUCACCGGAAGGUGGAGGGAAAUCCCCCCUAGGCAAGUCCUGCUUGGAGAAUGCCGGAGAAACACACAGAUAUGACCGACGAGAGGAAGUCAAUAAAUUAUUAUUAUCGAUGGGAUC